AUGUCGAAGACAAAAACUGUGAAGAUGGAACGAAUGAAGAAAGAAGAAGUCAGACCGAAUCCACGCGAUCACGCUCUGACGACACUCAAUCGACAGAUCUGCCCGAUCAAGAUGGUGGACUACGAAAACGAGAUAAAAGGAUGGCUGGAAGACUGGCAAGUGGAUUAA